AUGGCCUCGCCGACACCCUCAUUGGAAUCGCGCGCAAAUUCCCUCGGGUCCCCGGUCUCGCUGUCCCCAGUAACGGUGAGCGGCAGCUCGCCGCCUGCUAGCGAUUCGGCGAUCUGCGACGUCGACAGCUGCGACUUGUGCCUCGACGCACCAAAGUCGGGCGAAGAUCCGUGCCCGCGCUGCCGGCUGGGAAGCACCGGUGGCACCAGUCGCAUCCGUUGCACCGGCUGUAAAUCCACUGAAGCUGGCGCUGUAGCGCGUUGUUACGAUUGUGAUCAGUUUCUCUGUCCAAAUUGCGUGAUGGCACAUCAAUACAUGCUCUGCUUCGAAGGCCACCGAUUAUUGAACUUGGCCGACUCCAAGCUGGAGACCGUCGGAGGCGGUGGCGGCAGCGGUGAAUUGCCUAAAAACGCCUGUAACGGCAGCAGCGGUGGCGGUGGUGGUGGCAAUAGUCUGGUUAUCAACGGCACCGGAAACAGCAACAAUGGUGGCAAUGCCGAGAAAGUACACUUCUGUUUGCGACAUAAGCAGGAGAUAAUCAAAUAUUUCUGCCGAAGCUGCAAUGUGCUAAUUUGCAAAGAGUGCACGCUGACGGACCAUACGGCGCCGCUACAUGAUUGUGCCCACGUCACGGAAGUAGGCUCGCAACAACUGGAGGCAUUGUCGCGGAUCAUCCAGGAGUGCCGCUCGAAGGCGGCGGACACGCGUGCAGCGGUCAAAGCAACGGACCAUAACGCCGCAAUACUACAGGUGCAGUAUCACAAAGCGCAAAAUGAGAUCAACGAUACCUUCCAGUUCUAUCGAUCGAUGCUGGAUGAGCGCAAGCAAGAGCUGCUGAAGGAACUCGACUCGGUGUUCUCGACGAAGCAAAUUUCCUUGAAUGUGCUCUCCCAGCGAGCCAAUGAGACGGCGGAUAAAAUGAUGCAGACUUGCGACUUCGUUGAACGUGUAACCAAAGUCACCACCACCACCGAUUUCCUUAUGGUCAGGAAGAUCCUCGAGGCCAAGCUCCAGUCACUGCUCAAUUGCACUUCAAAUACAGACAUAGCCAAUCAGACAGCGGACCUCGAGUUUGUCAGCAAUUAUCAAGCGAUACAAGUGGGAGUGAGAAAUACCUUCGGUUACGUUCGGAGUAAUAGUAACAGUGAAAAUAACGCAAUCGGCAAACAACCACCUAUCGCACGACCUACUGCUCUGUCGAGCAACGGCAUUGGUAGCAGUAGCAGCAGCAACAUUAGCAACGGACCCGGAAGUGGCGUUAGUUCUCUGGGCAGUCUUCUCCUAGAUCGGGGUUACAGUAACGGCCUGAUCUCCUCCAGUAUGAAUUGUGGCUCGUCGUCUUCACCUUCCUCGAUCGACACUGUCAGCAGUGUGAUCUCAAAACGUUUCAGCUCGGCCAAUAGUCUCGGCCCGUUCUCCACGACGAUCAGCGACGUGAAUCUAAACGGCAUGAAUGCCAAUCCGUACGAGAAAUGGAGCAACGGCGGUAGUGACACUUACCCGGUCGUGACGACGAACGACCAUUUCGCGAUGCCGUCGGUAGCUGUAGCGACGAACGCCGCACCGGGCGAUUCCGUCCUUGACUUGACUUCGAAACUGAUGUCCGCCACCGCGAUAUUCCCGCCCAAGUCACAAAUCAAACGACAGAAAAUGAUCUACCAUUGUAAGUUUGGUGAGUUUGGUGUGAUGGAGGGUCAGUUCACCGAACCGUCAGGCGUCGCGGUAAACGCGCAGAACGAUAUCAUCGUUGCCGACACGAAUAAUCAUCGCAUUCAGAUCUUCGACAAGGAAGGCAGGUUCAAGUUUCAGUUUGGCGAGUGCGGCAAACGCGACGGCCAAUUGCUCUAUCCAAAUCGCGUCGCCGUCGUGAAGACGUCUGGUGACAUUAUCGUUACGGAACGUUCGCCGACUCAUCAGAUACAGAUUUACAAUCAAUACGGUCAAUUUGUACGCAAAUUCGGCGCAAACAUCCUCCAACAUCCACGUGGCGUCACCGUCGAUUCAAAAGGACGGAUCGUCGUUGUAGAAUGCAAAGUGAUGCGCGUCAUCAUUUUUGAUCAGACUGGCGGCGUUCUACAGAAAUUCGGUUGUUCGAAGCAUCUCGAAUUCCCGAACGGCGUGGUGGUGAACGAUAAACAGGAGAUCUUCAUCAGCGACAAUCGCGCCCAUUGUGUUAAGGUUUUUAACUAUGAGGGCUCUUACUUACGACAAAUCGGCGGUGAGGGUAUCACCAACUAUCCAAUCGGCGUGGGCAUCAAUACGCACGGCGAGAUACUAAUAGCGGACAAUCAUAAUAAUUUCAAUCUGACUAUCUUUACGCAGGAUGGUCAGUUGGUCUCGGCCCUUGAGAGCAAGGUGAAGCACGCGCAAUGUUUCGACGUGGCGCUAAUGGACGAUGGUUCGGUCGUACUGGCCAGUAAGGAUUACCGGCUUUACAUAUACCGCUACGUACAGGUACCGCCGAUCGGCAUGUAG